GAAUGUUGGAGGGUGUUAAACCCUGUUCCAUAAGAGUCCAACUUUCAUAAAACCUAAUCUCACUUCCCUUCCGCCCUCGCACUUCACCAUCUUUCUCCCGUCGCCGUCGCCGUCGCCGUCGCUGCCUCCCUCAAUUUGCCUCACCGUCUCCACUCAGAUUCAUUCUUCUCAAGGUUAGUUCGAAGAAUGGUUUCCAAAUAUUCUACAAAGUUGUUGACAAUUUGUGUGGCCUCUUUUUGUAAAUCCCAGCAAUUUCAGAAAGCUGAAAUUGCCAUAAAAGAUGCCAUUCGGUUAGGAGUUGUUCCCGAUAUACUAACUUACAAUAUUUUGGUUAAUGGGUAUUGUCAAUUUAGCGACAUGGAUGCUGCUUAUUCUGUUCUUUAUAAAAUGAGGGAAGCUGGCAUUACUCCAAAUGUGUUUAUUUAUACUUCUUUGAUGGCUGCUGCAUCCAGAAACUCUUCGUUAGAACAAUGCCUUAAUUUGUUUGAUGAAAUGCUUCAAUUACGUAUCAAUCCUGAUAUAUGGAGUUACACCACUUUGAUCCACUGUUUCCUUAAAGUAGGAAAGCCAAAUGAAGCUAAUAGUAUUUUUUUGGAUAUUAUACUUAAAGACCACUGCCCUAAUCCUGCUACGUUUGAUGUGAUGAUUUUCGGGCUUUGCAGUUGUGGAUAUACAAGUAAUGCUAUUGCGUUGUUUAGAAAUUUACAGAGCCAUGGAUUUGUUCCUAAAUUUGUUACAUAUAACAUUCUUCUUACUGGACUUUGCAAGGCGGCUAGGUUGAACGUCUCUAUGAGUAUGUUCAAUGAGGCUAUGAGUAUGUUCGACGAGGCCAUCGAUUUGGGUUUUGAGCCUGAUUACACGACGUACAUUGCAUUGAUGAAAUGUUGCUUCAAAUUUAGAGAGUAUCAACAUGGAUUUGAGAUAUUCUUUGAAAUGAAAAACAAAGGCCUUGCUUUUAAUGGUUUUGGUUACUACACUGCUAUUGGUGCUUUACUUCGGUUAGGUAGGCUUGAAGAGGCAAAUUUUUUUAUGGUAGAGAUGAUAAAGAAUGGAGUGGUAUUUGAUUUAGUUUUUUAUAACACAGUUGUUAAUUUGUACUGUAAACAUGGUAAAUUGGAGGCUGCACAUAAGAUGUUGGAUAAGAUAGAGUCGCGAGGAUUACAAUGCGAUGAUUACACACAUGCUAUAAUCACUGAUGGGUUAUGUAAGGUUGGCAAUUUUGAGGGGGCCCGACGGCAUUUGAAUUAUAUGUAUCCAACAGGUUUUACUAAUUCAAACGUGGUAGCCUCAAGUUGUCUAAUUGAUAGGUUAUGUAAGGCUGGACAAAUUGACCAAGCAAUGAAAUUGUUUGAAUUAAUGGAAACAAAGGAUCCUUAUACCUACACCUCUUUGAUGCAUAAUCUUUGCAAGGCAAGGAGAUUCCUUUGUGCAUCAAAGUUAUUGCUCGACUGCUUAAGAAGUGGCAUCAGUGUUUUUCGGUCCACACAAUGUGCAGUUAUCUUCGGUCUUUGUUCUUUGGGAUUUACAAGUGAAGCAAGGAAGCUCAAACCUUUCAUUCAUUGAUCAUAAAUAGAGAUUUCAAUAGGAGGAGGUACCCGCAACAAAGAAAUGUUUAUUUCCAAUGGAAAGCAGAAGGAAUCCAAGCGUCAUGAAACAAGGAUCUCUAUAAUUAUAGAUUUCGAUAGGAGGACGAGGAGGUUGUGGCAGCAAAGAAAUGUUUAUUUACAAUGGGAAGCAGAAAGAGUCCAGACGACAUGAAACAAGAACCAGGGGGAAAAACAGAAGUACUAUAAAAAUAUGACAUGUUCGCGUCACGGUUUUGCCAAAGAAAACGUAUUAAUCCAGGAACUUGGGGAAGAAAACCAACUUCUUUGGAGUUUGGUUUAGAUCAUCCACUCAAGUGAUAAAAGGGUUUUGACAUUCUCAAAACCGUCUCCUACAAAAUAGGAUUUAUAUAUACAUAUAAGUAAAACAAUACAUACACUCAAAGGUACGUUCAAAUUACUCCUAGUUUUCUACUUUUGAAGCUAUAGAUAAAAUUUGUUUGUUACUGAGUUGUGACUUGAGCACUGCAGUGUAGGUGCCUUACUACUUCACAGGGGUGCAAGAUUCAUUUCUUUUGCAGAGCCAUUAUUUAAUUUUUCCCUUUGUAUUACAAAUUUGUCUUGGUAUACUGAAUUUCAACAUCGAUUAUUGGUGGUAUUCUAUGUGAGAAUUAAUCAUUGAUUUAUGGAUAUUCAAAACAUGGAUGUGAUAAAAAUGGCUAACAAAGUUAAGAGUUGGAUUA